AAACCUCACGCACACGCGCACGUCACCGACCCGCCACCCACCUACCUAUUACCUAACACUAUCGCCGUAGACCGUAGUGCACACGAGUCGCACCACUGGGCCCUCGGGUUUGUUGCACCGCGCCGCACCGUACCGCAUCGAAUCGCAUCGGUCGUUGAGUUGGAGCGGCAAUUUAACCGCCCAUACUCGACAACGUCCGUCGGCCACCCCGGCAUCGAUCGUCGAUCGAUUCGGUACUGGCGCGAUUUCGAUCCGUUCCAUGACGAAUAACGACGACGACACCAACAACGACAAUCGUGCGCGCUGCCGCAGCCGCCGCCGCCGCUGUCCUCGUGCGUUGUAUAAAUAGGCCUGAACGUCCGGCGUCGCGCGCAGUUGGUUCGCGUGUAGUGUCUCUGGCGGUUAGUGCGAUUAUAGAUUUUAUUAUGAUGACCAUCGUCGUAGUCGUUCCCAGUUAGUUUUAUCCACUAUCCUACGACUUGUAGGGAAGUCGACCGGCACACCGGCCGUCGGUACCCAUUAUCCAUCAGUUGAGCAAUGUCUGCGUUCCGGCAAGUGAUCGAUGCCUUCUGGUCGCCGGACAUCUGGCUACCACCGAAUACCCAAUGGUCUGACCUGGAACCCAACGAACGGGUCCAGUACACCGACCACCGGCACCUGUUCUACCCGUUGCCCAUGGCUGUCGUCGUAUUGCUCAUAAGAUAUCUGCUCGAAAAACACUGUUUUUCGCCUUUUGGUGUGUCGUUGGGCAUCAAGAGCACCAAACCAAAACGAGUUCCGAAUAAUGACUUGCUGGAGGAGACGUUUGCUCAGAACAGCAAGUGGAGUCACAAGGAGGUGGUGGGCCUGGCCAAGAGGCUCGAUUGGACGGAGCGACAAGUAGAACGGUGGUUGAGAUUAAGGAGAGCACAGGGCAAGCCUUCAACUCUCAUAAAAUUCUGUGAGAGCAGUUGGCGAUGUUUCUAUUAUACAUUUUCAUUCCACUAUGGUCUAGCGUUUUUAUGGAAUAAACCAUGGUUAUGGAAUAUAGAUUAUUGUUGGAUUGGAUAUCCACACCAGGGUGUCACAAGAGAUACAUGGUGGUACUAUAUGAUGUCAUUAUCAUUUUAUUGGGCCUUAGCUGUCUCUCAAUUUUUUGAUGUCAAACGAAAAGAUUUUUGGCAAAUGUUUGUGCAUCAUAUAUGUACAAUAUGCUUAUUAUCUUUUUCAUGGAUAUGUAAUUUCCACAGAAUUGGGACUCUUGUGCUUUUAACACAUGAUUGUGGUGAUAUUUUUCUCGAGUGUGCAAAAAUGGCCAAAUAUGCCAAAUAUCAAAAGUUAUGUGACUUCAUUUCAGUAGUAUUCAUUGUUGUGUGGUUGGUAACUAGAAUUGGUCUGUUCCCUUUUUGGAUUUUGUACAGUACGUCAGUUGAUGCACCCGAAGUGGUCAACCAAAUGUUCCCUGCUUAUUACAUAUUCAAUGGACUACUGUUUCUUUUACUUGGUCUUCAUCUUUACUGGACUCACUUAAUUUUGAGAAUUGCAUAUCUAUCCUGGAAUUCUGGAAAGAUGGAUGGCGACAUUCGUAGUUCUUCAAGUGAUGAAAUAACAUUAGAUGAUGAUUCAAAUACCAAAAUAGAUGACAUAAAUGGAGCGUUACCAAAUGGCACAAUUUAAAUUAUACUACUUUUAUUGUAUUUUUGUUUUAUUGAGUUUUGUUUGAAAUAAUUUCAAAAGCACUUUAGGUAUUCAUGUAAAUAUUUAUGUGUUCCAGAAUACUAAUCAUUUUAUUCCCUAUUUAAUUACUUAAGACAAAAAAAAGUGGUAACUUUAUCAUGAACAUAGCUACUUAAAUGAAAAGUUUCUAUAAAUUUUAUGAUCACUUAAAUGUUUCAGAUUCAGCUCUAGUCAUCUAUAAACAAAAAAUUUCCUACGAGAAAUAUACCAUAAUUAUAACAUUUUAUAUGCAAUUAUUAUAGUUUUUUAGGUUUUAGUUUGUUAUUUUAUUUCAUUUUAACUUCAUUAAUAUACUUAAAUAAUGCUUACAUCCCCUCAUCCCCCCAACCCCCCCACCCCACCAAAAUAAAAAAGAGAAAAAUGUAAUUUAAAACUUAAGUAUAAUAUUUGUAUUUAUUAUAUUAUUUAUAAAAUAAAAUAGUUUUUUAUAUGUUUUAAGAAUA